AUGUCUUUGGGUGUGUCACAUGGGUGUGCAUUGCGGUGUGUUUUCCUGGGAUACGCACCUCAUCAUAAGGGAUACCGAUGUUACCAUCCUCCAACUGCAAAGAUGUAUGUUACAUUGGAUGUUGUUUUCCAUGAAGAUACCAUGUAUUUUUCCUCUGGGUCUGAUCUUCAGGGGGAGUACAAAGAGGAAGUUCAAACCCUUGAUUACGAUUUUCAUGCUUAUGAGAUUGGGAAAAUUCCUAAAACUAUGAAUCAAGAUGGGAGUGUUUUGGAUACAAGUGGUGUUAACUUGGAUGAAAGUGGCGAUGAACGCUCACAUAGUCCUAUGAAUCAAGCUGAGAGUUUUUUGGAAACAAGUGGUGCAAACUUGGAUGAAAGUGUAUCUGAUACACCUAACCAAUCGCUCGUUAAGGAUGUCCCUGAGUUGAUGCUUGAACCUCCCAAAAGGCAGAAUCCUCCUCGUAGCAACAUAGGCAUUCUGAAACCCGCAUAUGAACCGAAUCUUACAAGUAAGGUCAAUGUGCAGGAAGCCUUAGCCAACCCAAGGUGGAAAACUGCUAUGAAUGAGGAGAUUAAGUCCUUGCAAAAAAAUAGAACUUGGGAACUUGUAGAUCUCCCAACAGGAAAGAAACUAGUUGGGUGCCGAUGGGUUUAUACGAUGAAAUACAAAGCAUAUAGUAAUAUUGAACGCUUCAAGGCGAGAUUGGUGACGGAAGGGUAUACCCAAACAUAUGGGAUUGAUUACAUGGAGAUAUUUGCACUUGUGGCUAAAAUCAACACAGUUCGAGUUUUGUUGUCUCUAGCUGUGAACCUGGAUUGGCCAUUACAACAGUUUGAUGUGAAGAAUGCUUUCUUACAUGUAGAGUUAACAGACAAAGUCUAUAUGGAUCUCCCCUCUGGAUGUCUAAUACCAGGAAUCCAUCGUGGUAAGAGCAACUCAGAUCGCACCUUGUUUUUGAAGAGACAGCAUGGGCAUGAUCUUCAAGAAAGGAAGGCACUGCAAAGUUAUUUAUCCAAGGAGUUUGAAAUGAAAGAUCUUGGCUCUUUGAAAUAUUUUCCUGGGAUUGAAGUAUCUUAG